AUGCCCCUUCUGCCUUGGGACCAGCCCAGCGAUAGCUGCCAGGAAUACAGCGACUGGAAGGAGAGGAAAACCUACCUCCCGCCUUGGAAGAAGAUCGAUUCGGCACCCUUAGCUUUGCUGCACAAGAUCCUGACGGAGAGCCCGACGGCGAGGAUCACCAUCCCCGACAUCAAGAAGGACCGGUGGUACAGCAAACCCCUCAAGAAGGGGGUCAAGCGGGCCCGCGUGUCCUCGGGGGGCGUCGCCGACUCCCCCGGCGGCUUCUCCAAGCCCGUCCGCUCCGAUACGGACUUCUCACCGGUGAAGAGCGCGCUGGGCGAGGAGAAGGCGAGCUACUCCACGUCGCAGCCGGAGCCCGGCACCGGCGGGGCGCUCUGGGAGAGCGGGGCGGCCAGCAUCGACAAGCUCGUGCAGGGCAUCAGCUUCUCCCAGCCCGCUUGCCCCGACCACAUGCUGGUCAACAGCCAGCUCCUCGGCACCCCCGGCUCCUCCCAGAGCCCGUGGCAGCGGCUGGUGAAGCGGAUGACGCGCUUCUUCACCAAACUGGACGCCGACGGCUCUUACCGCGCCCUGAAAGAGGUCUGUGAGAAGAUGGGGUACGGCUGGAAGAAGAGCUGCACGAACCAGGUAGGGAUUGGGGUGCAAAAUCUGGGGUGCAAAAUCACGCCGUCGCAUCUGCAAAUAAUCACGGACAGGAGGAACAACAAACUCAUCUUCAAGGUGAACCUGGUGGAGAUGGAGAGCAAGAUUUUGGUGGAUUUUCGGCUCUCCAAGAGCAAGCGCAGCACAAGGGCCCGUCGGUUCGCUCGGGGCUCGGCCUUGCGGGACGCCGUGGCGCUGGGAAACCUGGCCGCACCGCAGCAGCCUGGCUGGCGGCUUUGCAUUCGGGGCUUGGAGAGCGGCCAGGGGGAGCGCUGGGGGCCCGCUGCUCGCCAGAUGCGAUAA